CACCUGCUAUAACUUCUCCUCCUCGUGCCUCACACCGCCCCCACCUCGCCGACGGAGAGAGGAGCCGCCCGCUCGCGACCGGAGCCAAGCCAUCAACCAGACCGAACCCGCCUCACCGCCGCAACCGCCGGCCAUGUCGGAGGAGACGGCGCGGAGCUCCACGGAGUCCUCCGCGGCCUCCUCGGGGCUCGACUUCGAGGACACCGCCCUCACCCUGCGCCUCCCGGGCUCCGACCCCGACCGCAAGCGCGCCUCCACCUCCGACACCGUCGACCGCUCCCCCCGCGCCGCAGCCGCCUCCGACGCUCCCCCCUCCCCCAAGGUGCGGGUGGUGGGGUGGCCGCCGGUGAGCAGGAACCGGAGGAACGCGCUCCCCAGGGGCAAGUUCGUCAAGGUGGCAGUGGCUGGCGCGCCGUACCAGCGCAAGGUGGACCUCGAGGCGUACGCGGGUUACGAGCAGCUGCUCGCAGCGCUCCAGGACAAGUUCACCUCCCACUUCACCGUCCGCAGGGUGGGGAACGAGGAGAUGGAGCUCGUUGACGUCGUGAGCGGGGCGGAGUACGUGCCGACGUACGAGGACAAGGACGGCGACUGGAUGCUCGUCGGAGACGUCCCCUGGAGAAUGUUUGUUGAGACCUGCCAGCGUCUUCGUCUCAUGAAAAGCUCUGAGGUGGUUAACUUAGCGCCAAGAGCUGCUGAAUGAGGCACAUCCACACUCCUUUUCUACAAACUGCUUCGAAGGGAAAGACAUAUUUGCUUGCUGAGGUUCUUCUUAUGUGUGAGAUAAACGUGUACAGCCAUCGACUUCUGCUUUCGUUUUUGGUUCCAGCAUGCUAUUGAGUUCAGGAAAAGAUUGUAGCCCGUAGUAUCAACAGUUAAAGGUGUCUACGUAUAGAUGAGCAAGACGAAUGAUGCUUUCAAAUACGUCUAUAGUUUGUCUAAUGAUGAAUAAGACCAGUUACAUGGAGUCCCUGUUCUUUCGUAUGGUCUGUUUGUAAUUCUUGCUUGGUCUUCCAGCUUGUUUUCUGUUCAAAUAGAAGCCAUCUAUAUGAUUUAUGAGUUACGAGAUACAAGGUGUGCUGCUGUACGCCUAGAUCCUUUGCAUCCAGAAUUUUAUUGUUGAUAGAGUGAACCAAUCAAAUUGAACCUUUCUAUCGAGUACGAUACUGUACCUUGAAGUGGUUGCUCAAACGAGUGCAUUUGUUGGUAGGCUGCAACGCAUCUCAUCGAAUCGUGCCUGUGUAGCGUGUACUUGGCGAUUGCCUCUUCGUGAAGGAUACAUGCAGUGAGCAGCAAGCCUUUUGCUUGGUGCUUUUUGUUA